CAGCGACAUGCUUCGUGAGCUCUUCCUCGCGGUGGCGGUGGUUGCGGCGGCCGCGUUCAACGCGCCCCUCACCCGCGUCCCUAGCAGCCCGCUUGCGCGCUGCGCCGCCUCGUCGCCGCUGCGCGCCCCGCUCGCCGUGAUGGAGGAGGACGCGGCUGCGGCGGAGGCGCCCGCGGCGCCAGAGGCGGCCGCCGAGGCCCCGGCGCGUAAGCCGCGGGCCAAGAAGCAGCCGCUUGAUCAGCUCGAGGUCGGAUCGACCGUCGAGGGCACCGUCCGCUCGGUCCAGCAGUACGGCGCCUUUGUCGACAUUGGCUUUGCGAGCGACGGCCUGCUGCACGUGUCUGAGAUGGCAGACACCUUCGUCAAGGACGCCAACGACAUGUUCGCGGUGGGCGACGCGGUGACGGUGCGCGUGAAGAGCGUCGACCUCGCCAAGGGCCAGGUCGCCCUGUCCAACAAGGACCCGAAUGCGCCGCCGCCGCCGCCGCGCCGGCAGAAGCGCGAGGCGGCCGACCUGAGCGAGUUCGCCUCGGCCGACGAGAAGGAGUUCCGCACCGGCACCGUGCGCUCCAUCCAGUCCUUCGGCGCGUUUGUCAACCUGAAGGACGGCGUCGACGGGCUGCUGCACAUCUCCGAGAUCAAGGAGGGGGGCGUCGAGUCGGUGGCGGCGGAGCUGUCCGAGGGGCAGGAGGUGCAGGUCCGCGUCGUCUCCUUCGACGACAAGCGCCGCAUCGGCCUCUCGAUGAAGCCGUACGUCGAGCUGACUGCGGAGGAGAAGGCGGAGAAGGCGGCAGGGCGGCGGCCGCGCCGGCCGCGCGGCGGCGGCUACGACGACGACGCGGCCUUCAAGAUGGAGGCGGCGGAUCUAGAGAAGCUGACGCUCGACUUUGAGACCGACCCGGGCACCCCCUUCUCCGCCGCCUUCGACCGCGCAGACGCCGUGCGGGAGGCCAAGUCCAAGAAGGAGAAGUACGCGCCCGUCCUCUUGUAGUCGCGGAGCAGCGCAGGGAGUGGAGGGU